GAUGAAGAAGACGUGCAAAUGCGGUCAAUGUAACGGUCUCGUGAAACGUCUUCUCGUUCUUCCACGUGGCGACUUCGCAUAUUUUCUCACGCUUUCUCUUCCUCUCUCUCUUUUCCUGCGAAAAGCGAAAAGAAGAAGCUAUUAUUCCUUCCCCAUCACCAUCACAUAACUCUUUGCAACAAAUCUUUUAUUCCUUUUCAUCAUCAUCAUAAAACCUAUUUCCCUUCCAAACCACUCCAUUCAUAGAUUCAACAACCGCUUUUCGUUUUUCAUCGUUCUUCUCCGAUAUGGCGAGUAAUGAUCACCACCGUUUAGACUCUUCCGGCAGUGACAUUUCAGUUUAUGUAGACGCAGACGCUACUCCUUCAGGGCGUACUGACAGGGAUUCAUCAAGUGCGUCGCAAAAUGUUGUGGCUGAACCGUUAAAUCACAGUAAGAAAGGUGCUAAAGUUGGAAGGCACAGUGGAUUAUUGGCUAGGUUCUUCGAUGAGAAUGUUCCUUUCAAGAAAAGGCUGAGAUGGCUAAAAAAAGCUUUUAUGGUUAAGGAUGAUGGUACCGUAGAAAUUGAUGUUCCAGGACAUAUUACACCUCACUCUCCAGAAAAUAUUUAUGAACCUUGCAACGAAACAUUCAUUGAUGAUGUUCAACCUAUUCGACCGCAACAAAUUGCAAUGCUUAUAGUUGGUACACAGGGAGAUGUCCAGCCAUUUGUUGCCAUUGGGAAGCGUCUGCAGGCAGACGGCCACCGGGUUAGGCUUGCUACUCAUAAAAAUUUUGAAGAUUUUGUCUUGAAAGCAGGCUUGGAGUUUUACCCUUUAGGAGGAGAUCCCAAAGUUCUUGCAGGGUAUAUGGUCAAGAAUAAAGGCUUCUUGCCAUCAGGACCUUCAGAAAUACAAUUACAAAGAAGUCAAAUCAAGUCUAUUAUUCACUCUUUGCUUCCUGCAUGCAACAGCCAGUACCCAGACUCAAAUGAACCAUUUAAAGCAGAAGCUAUAAUUGCAAACCCUCCAGCAUAUGGGCAUACUCAUGUUGCUGAGUAUCUAAAUGUUCCGCUGCACAUAUUUUUCACAAUGCCGUGGACGCCUACUAAUGAAUUCCCUCACCCUCUUUCCCGUGUUAGGCAGCCAAUUGGAUACAGACUGUCAUAUCAAAUAGUUGAUGCUUUAAUCUGGCUUGGAAUACGAGAUUUGAUAAACGAGUUUAGGAAGAAGAAGCUGAAGUUAAGAGCUGUUACUUAUCUACGUGGAUCUUACACUUCCCCUCCUGAUAUGCCCUAUGGUUAUAUUUGGAGCCCCAACUUGGUCCCUAAACCAAAAGAUUGGGGACCUAACAUCGACAUUGUUGGAUUUUGUUUCCUUGACCUUGCUUCAAAUUAUGAACCACCAAAAUCGCUAGUAGAUUGGCUUGAAGAAGGAGACCGCCCUAUCUAUAUUGGAUUUGGUAGCCUUCCUCUACAGGAACCCGAAAAAAUGACAAGAAUUAUAGUUCAAGCUCUGAAACAAACAGGGCAGAGAGGUAUCAUCAACAAAGGGUGGGGUGGUCUUGGGAAUUUGGCAGAACUAAACAAAUCCAAAUUUGUGUACUUACUGGACAACUGUCCGCAUGAUUGGCUAUUUCCACGAUGCACUGCUGUGGUACAUCACGGAGGCGCUGGAACAACUGCUGCCGGUCUUAGAGCUGAAUGCCCAACCACUAUUGUACCAUUCUUUGGGGACCAGCCAUUUUGGGGAGAGCGGGUGCACGCCAGAGGAGUAGGUCCCGCACCCAUCCCGGUAAAGGAGUUUACAUUGGAAAGGCUGGUUGAUGCCAUAUGCUUUAUGAUGAAUCCAGAGGUGAAAAAGCAGGCUGUUGAACUUGCCAACUCCAUGAAAAACGAAGAUGGGGUGGUGGGAGCAGUUAACGCCUUCUAUAAACAUUAUCCGCGCGAAGAUCCUGAUGCUAAGGCCGAGUCUAAGCCAGUAACCCCAGUACAUAAAAGUUUGUCUAUACGAGGAUGCUUUGGUUGCUACAAGUCUUCUAGUUAAAUAGCUCCUUGUCCUCUAUGUAAUCAUGUUAAUUCUUCAGUCUAGUUCUACAUGAGAUUGUGAAAUGUAAAUUGUCCUGGUGAUUUUGUCGAACUUCUCUAGAAAUACUUCCGAACAAUCAAGUAUUAUCCAAUUUACCGACAAUAUUCCCAACAUUUAUUAGGAUAAAUUGAAGGCAAUAGUACUCUUCUUAGUCUUUGUAUAUUGCAUUCUAUCAUUAUUAAAACCGUGUUAGUUGCAUUCA